ACUCAGUUAAUAAAAGUAGUUCAGCUGCUUCAGUGCCUUGCUUGAACUCAUCAAAGAAGUAACAUAGGGCUAAGUGAUCCCUUAGAAUUAUUAUUUACAUAAAAUUGUGAAAUUUGUCUUGACUGUGAACAAAAGUGAUCAAACUAAAUAAUUAUGUCUAUUGAUCUGAAAAUUGCGAUUAUUGGCCAGAGCAAUUUUGCGGCUGAUGUGCUGGAACUUUUAUUAGAGCGCUCCAACAUUAAGGUCGUUGGUGUCUUUACCAUUCCCGAUAAGGGCAGCCGCGAGGAUGUUUUGGCCACUACUGCUGCCAAUCACAAAAUACCCGUCUUUAAAUUCUCCGGAUGGCGUCGCAAGGGUGUGGCCAUUCCCGAGGUGAUCGAGCAGUACAAAUCGGUUGGAGCUACGCUCAAUGUGCUGCCCUACUGUUCCCAGUUUAUACCCAUGGAAGUAAUCGAUGGUGCUCCCUUGGGCAGCAUUUGCUAUCAUCCAUCUAUUUUGCCCAGGCAUCGCGGUGCCAGCGCCAUUUCUUGGACUCUCAUCGAGGGUGACGAGAUCGCUGGAUUCAGUAUAUUCUGGGCUGACGAUGGACUGGACACGGGCCCACUUCUUCUUACUCGCCAGACCAACCUAGAACCUACGGAUACCUUGGACACCAUUUAUAAGAGAUUUCUGUAUCCCGAGGGAGUCAAAGCGAUGGGAGUUGCUGUCGACUUGGUAGCUAAUGGCACAGCUCCUAAGAUCACGCAAACUACUGUUGGUGCCACAUAUGAUGCAGCAAUGUUCAAGGCGGAAAAUCAAUUGCUGAAUCUUCAGCAGUCAGCUGAGAGAAUUUGGAACUUUGUCAGAGGUCUCGACUCAGUGCCCGGAGCCAUUGCUACAGUCCUUCUUCCAGAUGGAAGCGAGGAACAGGUACGUUUCUUCGGUGCUCACUUAUAUUCUGCUGGACCUGUGAAGGAUGGACAGCCACUUAAACUUAAGGGCCUCGCAAAGCCCGCCUGGGUGCAUGAGGGAGGACUACUGAUUGAGGGUGCAGAUGGAGCAUUUGUAAACAUUAAGCGCAUUAAACGGGGCUCCAAGAUGAUCAAUGCCUCCGAUUGGUUUAAGCAGGCAGAGCAAAAAACCAUCACGGACUUUACCGAAGAUGAGCUGGCCAAGAAGGCACAGCUUGCUUCCAUUUGGCAGGCCAUACUCAAGGAGUCGAUAGAAGCCUCCACAGACUUCUUUGCAGCUGGUGCUGGAUCAAUGGACGUUGUCCGAUUGGUCGAGGAAGUGAAGGAUGCCUUUGAUGUGCCCUUUGAGAAUGAGCAUGUCUUUAUGGCCCCUGUUUUCGAGGAGUUCUUUGGACUCCUGGUCAAGGCACUGCGUCAAGGCAGCGGCGAUUCUGGAGCUCAGAAGUUGGAUUACGAUGGAUUCGUUUUGCAGGCCAAUAAGCGAAAGAUUAACGUACCCACACAGCUCUUCAUUAAUGGAGCCUUCGUCGACGCCGAGCAAAAGCGCACUCUCGACAUUGUGAAUCCCACGGAUGAGGAGAUCCUCUGCCAAGUGGCUUGUGCCAGUGCUGCAGAUGUGGACAAGGCAGUUCAGGCGGCACACAAGGCUUUCUACGGGUCGUGGAAACAGGUUUCUGCCAGACAGCGUGGUCAGCUGAUGUUGAAGCUUGCCGAUCUCAUGGAAAAGCACAAGGAAGACUUGGCCACCAUAGAGUCAGUGGACUCGGGAGCUGUCUACACAUUGGCAUUGAAAACACACAUUGGCAUGUCCAUCGAUGCUUGGCGCUACUUUGCAGGCUGGUGUGAUAAGAUCCAAGGAAAUACCAUUCCGGUGAAUCCAGCUAGACCAAACAAUGUGCUCACUUUCACGCGGAAAGAGCCUAUUGGAGUCUGUGGACUGGUGACACCUUGGAACUACCCCUUGAUGAUGCUCUCCUGGAAGAUGGCAGCUUGCAUCGCUGCUGGCAACACUUGUCUGAUCAAGCCAGCUCAAACUUGCCCGUUGACCGCAUUGAAGUUUGCAGAGCUCACUGUUCAGGCUGGCUUCCCUCCUGGUGUUAUAAAUGUGCUGCCCGGAAAGGGUUCAGAUGCCGGCCAGGCAGUGGCUGAUCAUAAAUUGGUUCGCAAGCUGGGAUUCACUGGCUCCACACCCAUCGGCAAACACAUCAUGAAAUCUUGUGCUGAAGCGAAUAUUAAGAAAGUCUCAUUGGAGUUAGGAGGCAAGAGUCCAUUGAUAAUCUUUGCCGAUUGUGAUCUUGACAAGGCUGUGAAACAUGGCAUGUCUUCGGUCUUUUUCAACAAGGGAGAAAAUUGCAUAGCCGCGGGUCGACUCUUCGUAGAAGAUCGCAUUCACGAUGAGUUCGUUCGUCGAGUUCUAAAGGAUCUCCGCACAAUGACCAUUGGCGAUCCGCUGAACAGGUCCACCGCGCAUGGACCACAAAAUCACAAAGCACACUUUGAUAAGCUAUUGGAGUUCUGCCAACGGGGCGUGAAAGACGGCGCAACUCUUGUCUAUGGUGGUUGUCGAGUACCUAAUAUGAAGGGCUACUUCUUCACUCCCACAGUCUUCACAAAUGUCGAGGAUGAUAUGUACAUUGCACAGGAAGAAUCCUUUGGACCUAUUAUGAUUAUAUCCAAAUUCAAUGGAAGCGACGUGGAUUCGGUAAUGGAGCGAGCCAAUCGCACAGAAUAUGGAUUAGCUAGCGGUGUCUUCACUAAGGAUAUUAGCAAAGCCUUGAGCUUCGCUGAUCGCAUUGAAGCUGGCACAGUCUUUGUGAAUGUAUAUAACAAAACAGAUGUCGCCGCUCCAUUUGGAGGAUUCAAGCAGAGUGGAUACGGCAAGGAUUUGGGUCAGGAGGCGCUUAAUGAGUAUCUCAAGACAAAAUGUGUUACCAUUGAAUAUUAAGUAGAUUAGAUGCGUCUUCAUAGCCAUAGAAAACAAAAGACUUAGUGCGUAUACAAUUUGCAUCUUUAAUUAAACUUAAGUAAUUCUCAUUUAGUAUAGAAAUGUUUCUGUAAACUAUAUACACAGAUUAUUAAAAUAUUGGUAUAC